AUGGAGUUCACAACAUCACCGCCUGCAACGCCGAGGCGGCAGCACAUGGUGUCGCCCAUCGACACAUCUGCCCCAAGCCCGACCAAUUCCUUCCGCGAGCACCUGAGACGGCGGACUAGCAGUUUCUCGUCAAACCACGACCGGAGUCCGGUGACGCCUCGAUCGCGGCAUAGAUUCUCGAACGCAUCUCAAUUGUCAGGAGAGUUCGGCACGCCGGUGGAUGAAGGCGGAGGUGGACUAGGUAACCUCGCAGAUGAGUUGGAUCAGUUGGAUGACGAGGACGCUUUCGAGGAAGGAGAGACCGAGGGGGCUAUACACUGCGGUAAUGAGGAGGCGGAAAAGGACGAGGCAUCUCGAGACUCGGGCAUCGAUGUGUCGUACAGGGAUUCCGCGAAGAAGCAGCAGUCGCCUAACAGCGUGCGCAACUUCUCGAAACCCUUCACCGGCAAGGAGAAGCCGCCUGAUGAGGAGGAAGAGGAUAGUGAGGAAAAGUUCUCGCCGGAGCUGGAGGAUUUGAUGAGUACGAUUGCGCGGAUGACGAGCUAUACAUCGACGAGUGAGGAUCCUCUCAUCCCUCGUACGAUUGGACUGCUGCAGGACCUGGGCAAUCAGACGAGCCUCGAAGCGGCGGCUCAGCGGUUGACGACUUCAACUAACAGCUUGACGCAACAUUUGACGACUCAGACCAAGACUUUGCAGACAUUGGCGCAGAGUCUGUACCCCAUGUUUGCUUUUUCUGCGCCUCUGGACCCUGCCAUCAUCGAGGAGACACUACCACUUGCAGACGCACUCCUCAAGGACAUCCCACAACCGGACUUGGUCCCCGUCCAGAAACUUCAAAAGCUCGACCGCGAAACCGCCGACGUCAUCCAUGCGCUAUCCCAAAUCACCGACACGCUCCAAAUGGGCAAGCAAAACACCAACGCCGCCGCCCGCCAUCUCCGCACAACACAAACCAUGGUCCUCGAACUCCGCCAGGAACGCGAGCGCGCCGAACUCUCGCGCCACGAGCUGGCGAAAAACGACUGGGACGAGAAGCUGAAGAGCCGGUGGUGCGGCGCCGAGUGUAAAGAUAUCAUCUCUGGAUUCGAAGACCGCUGUAAUGCUUUGCGGGGGAGUCUGGAAGAGGCGGCCAAGGCGGGAGCGUAA